AUGCAAGAGAGUUCGCAAGUGGAAGGCCAGAGAUCAAACGCUGAAGAGGAAGAAAGUAGCAAAAAAUGCAUCGCCAGCCGCAUGAGCGAGGACUGUCGGCGACUUGGGGAGGUCGAAGAGAAAUCGAAACGCUGGGUGAUUCCAGCGAUCUGGGCUGUCUGGAUCCAUCCUCGAGAAGUUAAGAGAGUAUCUGCCAUCAUUAACGUCACUGUUGAUCUUUACGAACAAAGAACAAUGUACAUAAUGAUGUUUAUCUACACAUGGACGUCCCCAAAAUAA